CUUCACAUAUUCUAUCUUUCUUUCCCACACUUGAUUUGGCAGAACCCUGUCACUCUCUUUCUUUCUCCCUCUCUUUCCCUUUGCCUUGUCUCAUAAAUUCUUGCCAUGCACAUUAAUUGAAAGAACUACAAUUUUGUUUUUACUUUUUGAAUUGUUUUGUAUUGUUUCUUCCAAAACAAGCUGAAGUGGUCAGAAUUUAAUUGUGUUGAAAUUAUUCAAGAUAGAUAUUUAAGACAAAAAUUAGAAGAAGGAGAAAGAAUUUUUUUUUUUACCCCCUAAUAACAUGUUAUUCAAAAAUAAUGAUGACACAUUUUUGAGUGAACUGGUGGCCAACUUUCAAAAACUUAACGCUUACUACAAACUAUCUUUCACGAUAAUUUCCAAAAACACAGGAACAAACUGGAAAUUACUGCAUCAUGGUAAACAUGAGAUAUGCAGUGCAAGACUUCCACAGCUUGCUAAUGUUAAAUGGAAUAUUCCUGGAAUGGAUGUCUUAUAAAUAACUUAUGCUGAGCUGAUGGUGAAUUCUACACUGGAUUAUUGUAUUGGAAAUAUGUGAUAAUGAGGAAAUCUUACCUUAAAAUAUCAGUGAUGUGACCAAUUUUGGUUUGGCUAUAUUUGUUAUAUGGAAAUGGAAACACACAGAACCAACUUUGCAUUCAUAACAGUCAACUUCAUCUUUUCUUCAAUUGGUGCUUUAAUGUGUUUUAUUUCACUUGUGUACAAACUCUGCAAGGGAAUAUCUUUACCAAAAUUGUGGAAAUAUUCCAUUUGUUUACUUGAUACUUCAGCAUUAUUCUUUGGAAUUGGUCUGGUGAUGCAUCUGUGUAUUUUAGUACUCAAUGGUACAACUCCCAAAUUCCUUGUGUUGGCAUCGUCAAGUUUAAUGUUGUUUGGAUAUAUGGAUGGUUUGUGCUCUUUUAUUACAUUCCAGACAAUUCUAUUAUUUGUACAGAAUCCAAGAAAGAUAUCCAGUACAUCAAGCCACCAGCUUGGUUCCUCAAUAAUAGUACUCACUGGCAUAAAACUUGCCUGUCUGCUCCUUUCUAUCUUGCCAGUCAUCCCUAAACAAGACCAACUCAAACCUUCCAGGGGCAACCUCUUCCCUCUUUAUGACCCACAAGAAUCUGGGGGUACAUACACUUCUCUGUUGGUAAUUUGUUUCUGGAUAGUCAUCAUGACCACGUUUAUUUUUAGUAUUAUUGGAUUAGUGAAAUCCCAGAAGAAAAACAGCUUGGUACAUGAUUCCAGUGAAGACGUGCAUGUUUCUGUAAUAUCGCAGGGACAGAUGUUACACAAAAUACUCCUGGUCGAACAAUGCAUUUACACAGCUGUUAGCAUCAUGAUAACACGACUACUUUUUCGGCAAUCGGUUUCGCAGACGACCAACACCAAUCACCACGACACAACAAUUAUCACAGUUAGCAUUUAUCUCACACUCCAUGGAAUUUUCACAAACCUUGGAAAUUUUCUGUGGAUGAAGAAAGAAUGUUGUGGAAAACCAAAUGACAUUUCACAGGAAUCUCGUCAUCUAAAACGACUGGAACUCUUACGAACGGAGCACUCUGGUAAACAUCACUUCUUAGCUUCUUGGAUCGACAACAAGAAAUUCCUUCAAACAGGUCUAAUGAAAACCUACAGUCAAAAUUGGCAGAAACUGUGGGCACAAGAAAUCAUGGUUCUUGGAAUGUUACGAAAGGUGAAACACCCAAAUCUAUUGCAAUGUCUUUGGACAAGCAACACUAACCCUUAUUAUGAAAUUGUUUCUUUACUCAGUCAAGAUACAGUUUCUAGUGAUUCAAGGAUUAUCUGCAUGGAAUUUCCUGAAUAUGGAUGUCUACGGGAAUAUCUUAAGACUAUGGAAACUCCACUGUCUGCAGCAACACAGUGUAUGAUUAUAAGCGAUGUAUCACAAGGUCUGCAGCAGCUACAUCGGCUCGACAUUCUACACAAGCAUCUCUCUUCAAUCAGAGUUUACCUUCGAGGCAACAAUGGGAAUAAUUCGUUGUUUCGUGCUGCUCUUGGGGAUUUUGAAUAUGUAAGCAUAUUUGGGUCUCUACUACAAGGAGCAGAUAACCCAACAUGUAAGAGUCGUCAAACAUUCUUCCUUCCAGACAUUCGAUCUUUCGCUCUGAUUACUCUAGAAAUGAUUCUGUCAGUAUGCAACAAAUUAGUCCAAAUGCCAAAAAAGAAUCGAUAUCAAAAUGUAAAGACACAGAAGUCUAAUCCACAAAGUAUAUCUGAUGUAAUGUUGAACAAAGCAACUCAGUGGCAACCAUUAGUUAAACCUGAGAAUAAAACUGUUGUAAAGGGUAAAUUGGGUUUUUUUCCUACGGCAAGUGAAGAGAGUUUACAUAAGAACUGGAGUGAAAUGAAUCCAAAUUCAUUGGAUAAAAGUAAAAUUCCUCAGACACAGCAAAGAAUAAAAACAAUUUUUGUAGCUCCGGCUAAUAAUGCAAACAUUGUGCCAUCAGAGUUUUCUACAGGAUAUUCAAGGCAUUCUUCAGUCUCACCUGAAAAUGAAGAUUCUCUCAGCAGCAACAUUUCUAUGCUUGUAGAAGCUGGAAAGGAUAGUGACAGUGAAAUCAGUCCAACCGAAUUCAAUGACUUUAUUUCACCAUACGAAGAUAACAAACAAGAUGACUUCAUCUCAGAAAAUAAGUUCAUUGAUAGGAAAACGUCUGUAGAUUCUGAUCCUUAUAAUUAUCACUGGAGCUUUUUCACAAAUAAACAUGAUUAUAGCCCUCACAGCUUCUUUUUCAAUGAACAAUGCCCUAAAAGCUUUUCCGAAGAAAAUAAUUUAAACACACCAGAAAAUAGUAAAGAUGACACACAUAUGAAUGGCGAAACAGCAGCUUUUCAUGAGAAAAUUCAGAGUCACACAAGAAAAGAUGUUAAUAACAUAGCUGACGAAGAUUAUAUUUCAGAAGAAAGUCACUUGAGAAAAGUUCAGAGAAAGAAUAAAGCAAGAAUGAAUUUACAGAAAACUCUGACUUCUCGAGGAAUGCCUUUUAAUCAUGUUUCAUCUCAAAAACCAAUAAAAGAUACCUUUAAAAAAAAGAAACAAUUUAAUGAUACACAGUCCCAAAAACCAUCUCUAACUCAUAUUAGUUCUUCUAAUUCAGUAUUGCCAGGGAAUAAAGCCAUUCUUUCUAAUCCUAAUAACCAUUGUAAACCUUUUAAUAAUAAAGUCAACAAUGAGUUCAGGGAAAAUACAAACGAUUAUCAGUUCAGUUGUUCCAGUAGUUAUCAAACCAACAACAGCUCUGAUUUGGAAUCAUCUCAGAAUUUUUCUUGUGAUUACACUACUGAUAUAUCUUGUCUUUCUUCAGCAACUGAAGCUUUAACUCGAAAAAUUCUAAGGGAAGAAAAGUCAUUAUUUCAAAGGAAUAAUUCAGCUGACGACAUACACAGAAAAAUCAUUGACAGUGGUUUUGAAACAGAAUCUAAUCCUUCCAACACUUCUAACCAAAUAAUAUGCCAUCACAACUCUGAGAAACAGCAAUGGCUGGAGAACUGCUUUGACAUGAAAACAAAAGAGGCGGAAUUCUUACCAAGUUCAGAUAAUUAUUUAUAUCUUUCCAACAAUAAUUUCAGUAUGCAAAAGAAAUCAUGUUUAAUAUCCAACCAAGAUAGUCCCAUCUAUAGUCCUUCUUCAAAUAAGAGCAGAUUUGUUUAUCCAACAUCUAGAAAUGGUAAUAGUUGUUCAAGAAGGGAUGAAGUAUUUGAGACAAGUUCUUAUCGAACCUAUGAUAAUAACAAAGUUAGUAAUUCUGAACUUCCGUUAAUGAAAUCUGAAUUACAGAAUAGCAACAACGCUUCAAAACGAUACAGAGAACUUAAACGUAAAGGUGUACCACUGAAAAUAUCGAUUGUGUCCUCGAAUACUUCUUCGAAUUUUAACCAUUUCUCAAACUGUUCACCCAGUAUAUCAGCGUGUUCAGAAGUCACAACACCGGACAUGGAUUCCAAAAACAUAUUUUUCCCUCCACAAAUGUCACCAUACCCAACAAAGGAGAAUUACGAGAGAACAUGUGAUGAUUACCAAAGAAAAAAUAGUGCCAGUUUAUUUAAACAAUCACUUGAAGACAGCCCAGUAUUUACAACUAAAGUAAUUGGAAGCCCCUGCCCACCUACACCAACAACUACUAUCCCUAACUCCCUAUUCAUGACAUCAGAGAGACCAAUCCUUGAAUCUCGUAUCAGUUGUAGUGACAUUCCAGAUUUUGGUGGGAACUGGAAAUUUGGACCGAAAGGGAACAAUGUGCAGAAUCAAGACACAAUUUCAGUUCCGAGUCGGCAAUUAAGUCGACUUAACAGUGGAAGUUUAUCUCACUGUUCCUCGUUAUCUCACCUCAGUUUGCCAGGGAAAACCAUUCAAGGAAAAUAUAAACUUUUACCUGGAGUAAAUGAACAUCAUCUGGGUUAUUGCAUUGAUCUAGUGGAAAAGCAAUCCUUCCUCUCUAUAGAUGAUUUAUUACCUGCUUCACAAAGUGCCUUUAACCAUCUUAAAGACAAGCUCAGUGCAACAGGUGAACUAACAAAUGCAGCUAAACAGUUGAUGGAUAUAGUGGUAUCAUGCUGGUAUGUUGAAUCACCUCCCUUGGCAGCUAAACUAUGUGAACAGCUGAAGGAUCCAGUUAUGGAAACAACUGUUUGAUAAUCACAUCUGUUUCAUUUUGAUAAUUUUGUCUAUUUAAUAUAAUUCAUAUUGAUAUUAAUAUUGAUAUUUCCUUUCUUGUACUUGUAAAGAAACUCAAGAAAUUUCUGGAGCAAAUCUACCAUAAUAAGACUAAACAGUUAAACAAGGCAUCGGCAAACUUUCCAUGGCAGUAAGUUUUAUGAGAAAUUGCUCGUCAUAAUUAGACUACACCACUUUAAAAAAAUCUAACAAAUAUGGCAUAUAAUCCUGGCUAUUCUGUAUAUCAUACAAAGCAAAUAAUACAAAAUAUGUUAGAAUCAGAUCUAAAGAUUUGUUCAUUCAUUUCGCCUUUGAUUGUCCUUGUUAGCAAUGGUUAGAUGGGGAGAUACUUGAGGCAGGAUUUUUAUAGCUGGAUGCUCUUCCAGCCAUCAACACUUACCUAUUUUUCAAAUAUUUCUCUGACUUCAGAAGAAUUCAAAAGUGCAGGGACAGAGGACAAUUUCUUGAAAGGAAACGUCAAUCAACAUCAUUAUUUGUCACCCGGCUACGAAUAAUGAUGUCACCACUUAAAGCCCAGUUAUAAAUUGUGAUGUCACCUCUCAUUAGCAUAGUUCACUGCAGCUUCUAAAUAUUCACACAGACACCCAUAUACAUACGUGCGCACACACACAUACAAUAGGGUUUUUGCAGUUUCUGACUACCAAAUUACUCUAGGUUGGCCUGAGGGCUACAAUGGAAAACACAUGCCAAAGGUGAACACACGUCCUCUUGCCCACUUCUAUUAAGCUUGAAAUUAUUACAUUCAUAUGAGAUUAAAAAACAGAAAGUUUUAGUGUGUGAACUAUCUGCUCCAAAUCCAGGUAAAUUUACAAAUAGAUACCACAUCAUCAUCAACAUCAUCAUCAUCGUCAUCGUUUUAAUGCCCACUUUAUCACGCUCACAUGGAUUGAAUGGAAUUUGUGGAGAUGAAUUUUCUACAACUGGAUGCCUCUCCUGUUGCCAACCCUGUCUCCAAGUAAAUCAAGUAUUUCCACACAACCAGGCAUGUUUUCACAAAAGACAGGAAAUGAAGGAUGCCACUUGCAUGAUGGUGACACUUGUUAACAACAAUCAUCACAUGACGUGGAGCCAGAGGAAAUACAUAGACAAUAGACUUCUUUCAGUUUCUGUCUACCAAAUUCACACACUAGGUUUGGUUGGCCCAGAGCUAUAGUAGAAGGCCCAUGGAUUUAAGAAUUCUACUGUUCGAAACUAACUGUAAAAAGCUGCCGGAGCCUUGUGGAGCUUAGGUGUUUCGCUCAAUAAACACACACAACGCCCGGUCUGGGAAUCGAAACUGCGAUCCUCCGACCGCGAGUCUGCUGCCCUAACCACUGGGCCAUUGCGCCUCCUAUGUUUAUAUAUAUAUAUAUAUAUAUAUAUAUAUAUAUAUAUGUAUGUAUGUAUGUAUGUAUGUAUGUAUGUCUAUGUGUGUGUGUGUACUUAUACCUAUUCCACAAAGUUUACAUAUGCAGUGUAAAAACUGGAAAACAUAUACAAUAUAUAAGUGUAUAACUGUCUCCACUAUACAAAGACAAUAAAUAUAAAACAUUAUUAAGAACAAAUAACCUAUGCUUUGGUACAAACACAUUCGGUGAUAUUUGUUCUGCCUGAGUUGCACAGACACUCCCUUAUAAAUCUUGCGUUCAUAUACAGUGUGAGCUGAUGACACUGUUACUCACAAAAUGUAAUAUAACUGAGUAAAAUGUCAAAAGUUUGAUAUUAAGUUCAAUAUAAUAAAAAAUAAGAGAAA